AUCGGGAAAGGGGGGGGGUGAGCGGAAGUUCUUGCGUGACGUCAGAGCGCGGAAGCCGACAAAUCCGAGGCGGGUGUUGAACUCGAGGGAUGUUUUAAAUUUGUGCUCAACUAACGGAUUUUGUUUUACCUUCGAUCAACGUCGUUUAACAUCGAUUAUCGGAUCGCGGCGAGCGAGAGUCCCCUGCAGUGGCUGACCACGGUACGGAGCCGCGUUGUUCGUUCGCGCUGAUGGAGGACUUGAGCAUGGCAGAGAGAGUCUCGGGUCUCUCCCCUUCCCCGAGACCACCUGCAAUUCUGCUCAGCAACUCCGCGUUGAGUGGGAGCCCGGGACAGAGCGGUGACAUCGGCUUCCACAGAAUUCUGUCACAGCUGAAGGAGUUUCACAGCCGCAGAGUUGAGGCCCUGCUCGACAAGAUCAACAAGCUCAAGCAGGAGCGCUGCCUGGAUGCACUGACGUUGGAGGAGGCGUUUGAUUCCAACCGGCGUCUCAAAGAGCAGCUCAAGAGGCAGAAGGAGACCAUUCGGGAGCUGCAGCAUCAGUGGCAGUCGGGGGUCACGAUCCAAGUGGAGCCCGGGGGACACGGUGACAACGAGGGUAACAUCAACAACGACGAGGGCAACGACAACGCCGAGGGCGCAGGCUCCAAGGGCAGCGCGAGGGGCAGAGAUGGGCAGCAGCCGGGCCGCACCUCCGCCCUGCGACUCAACAAGGGCAGCCUUGUGCGGAAGCGACGGUACCGCCACCACUCACUGGAGCGGACCCACGAUUGUCCCACGGCAACACUGUGCCAGCAGCACCAGAGGAGACAGCAGAAGAAGGAGCUUAUCUUUGUUCCAGAGACUCUGGUUCUGGAUGUACCGGAUGUGAAGCGCCGCUUGAGCGGCGUCGGCACGGCUACUAAAUCACCAUUACCGCUGGCACGGGGCACUGAGCCAUCCUCCCCGUGGGGCCCAAGCACCCCGGACGUCUGCACCAUGCCAUCGCCUUCCGAGCCGGGUGACGACGGUCCCCCAGCAAACGCGCUGGAGACACGCUUCACCUUCACAUCCCGUUGUGGACGCAAGCCCCCCAGGGCGUGCGGACACACGGGGCUAUUGGUGCCUCUGCACCACGGGUCGCUUCAGGCGGCAACACCGACCUCGCCCGACCCGGCCUCCGCGGAGACUGACGUGGACUCGCCGUCGCUGCUGGGCCGCAAGCUGCCAAGCCACGAGCUGCCUGCACCACCGGGGCCUUCCACCGUCGCUUCGACCGAGGAUGCGCAAGACGUGGGGACCACGCCACCCGACGCAGUCCCCGGCGUGAUGCGAGACUUCGCCGAUUGGAAGAUCCCAGCUGCAGAGGCGGUGUGGUGGCGGAGGGGGCAGCGGCGGGCAACGAGCGACGAACAGGGAGAGCCGAGGCGGCGAGCCUCGGGGAGCCCAGUGGCAACUGGGACCUCCCCCUCGCUGGAAGUGCGAGGGGCCGCGUCCGUGCUCACCUCCUUGGGCGCCGCAACUGCUACUCCGGCGGCAGAUACCGAUGGGGCCGAAAUGAUGCCGUGGCACAUUGACCCCUACGCUUGCCUCUCCCAGCAUGAGGAGGACAGCCCGACGGCACAGGCUCAAAGAAGCCCCCGUUUUGGCGGAAGUGCAUCAGGUGUGAGAGAUGGAGACAGCGACAACGACGACAAUCGUGGCCCGGAGGACCUGAGCGUGGACUGCACCUUUGUGAACGAGAGCGUGCUGCUGAGGCACGGCGGUGCAAUAGGGCGGUACAACGACGACGGCAGCGGCGCAAUCGUGACGCCCCCCCAAGCGGACAGGCGCCCUGUCCAACAGGCAGCUUGCUGGACACCUACAACGCCGAGCAGCGGCCGCGAGGGCCCCGCAGCCGGCAGAGAGACCACGUCCAUUUGCAAUGACAGCCUGGACGACCUCUUUGACAGAACCUGUGAUGGAGAGGAGUACGUGUCCUUCUGCCUGGAUGACAAGUUGACCGUCGCUCACCCAUGCAGCAAUGACCAGAAGAUCAUCGCUGACCCACGAAGCUCUGACCAGGAGAGCAUCGCUCAUCCACGCAGCUAUGACCAGCCCACCAACGCUCACCCACGCAUUAAUGACCAGCUCACCAUUGCUCACCCAUGCAGUAAUGACCAGCCGACCGUCGCUCACCCACGCAGUAAUGACCAGCUGACCAUCGCUCACCCAUGCAGUAAUGAUCAGCUAACCAUCGCUCACCCACGCAGCAAUGACCAGCCCACCAUCGCUCACCCAUGCAGUAAUGACCAGCCGACCGUCGCUAACCCACGCAGUAAUGACCAUCUGACCAUCGCUCACCCACGCAGUAAUGACCAUCUGACCAUCGCUCACCCACGCAGCAGUGACCAGCCCACUAUCGCUCACCCACGCAGUAAUGACCAGCUGACCAUCGCUCACCCACGCAGCAAUGACAAGUCCACCAUCGAACACCCACGCAGUGAUGACCAGCCGACCAUCGCUCACCCACGCUGCAAUGACCAGCCCACCAUCGCUCACCCACGCAGUAAUGACCAGCCCACCAUCGCUCACCCACGCAGUAAUGACCAGCUGACCAUCGCUCACCCACGCUGCAAUGACCAGCUGACCAGCGCUCACCCAUGCAGAAAUGAACAGCCAACCAGCGCUCACCCACGCAGUAAUGACCAGCCAACCACCGGUCACCCACGCUGCAAUGAUCAGCCCACCAUCACUCACCUACGCAGCAAUGACCAGCUGACCAUCACUAACCCACGCAGCAAUGACCAGCCCACCAUCGCUCAUCCACAAAGUAAUGACCAGCUGACCAUUGCUCACCCACGCAGUAAUGACCAGCCCACCAUCGCUAAUGACCAGCCCACCAUCGCUCACCCACGCUACCCCAACCAGUCGACCAACACUCAAGCAUGCAGCGGCAAUCAGCCAGUUACAACUGCUGCCGCUCACAGCACCAAACGACCAAUCUCCACGGCUGCGCACAGCCCGGAUCGGCUAGACACCACGUGUUCCAAAGCGCCAACACAGAAGAGCUGUGGGCACGAGUUGGGCGCAGGUGGCAGACUUGGCGCGGAGCAGCCCAGGUUUGCGUAUGUGGACGUGGUGCGGAAUAAAGACGAGCGGAGGAAGCUGCAGGGCUUCUCCUGCAAGCAGUGCGAGAACUUCUACUCGCACCUCCCCGAGGCGGAGCGAGUGCUCCAGAUGACCGAGUGCUCACGCCACCGGGGGCGCUUCCAGCCGCCCAACACGCCGGAGAACUUCUGGGAGGUCGGCUUCCCAUCCACACAGAUGUGCCAGGAGAGAGGCUAUUUAAAGGAGGAAGACGAACCGGCCAAUCGCGUGCGUCGCAAGCGGCCGUACAGGGCCACCUUCUCGCCUGCACGAAAGCAAGAAACGCACGAAUGGCACACGAUUGCACGAUGCACAGUACACGAUACGCGGUGACACGAUGCAAAAUACACGAUACACGGUGAUCCGAUACGUGGUGACACGAUGCAUAGUACAGGAUAUGCGGUGACACGAUGCACAGUACACGAUACACUGUGACACGAUGCACGGUGACAUGGUGCACAGUACACGAUGCACAGGACAUGAUGAACAAUCCACGACAUGCCACGAUGCACAGUACACGAUACGUGGUGACACGAUGCACAAUACAAGAUGCACAGGACACUAUACACAAUGCAAAUACAAGAUACACAAUGUACAGUACAAGAUGCACCAUGACACGAUGCAGUGGAAUGCUACACAGUACACGAUGCACAGUACACAAUGCACAGUAGACGAUGCACAGUACACAAUGCACAGUACACGAUGCACAGUACACGAUGCACAGUACACGAUGCACAGUAGACAAUGCACAGUACACGAUGCACAGUACAUGAUACAAUGCACACUUGCAGCAGCACGCUACAUGAGACAUACGGUACACAAAGGGACAGCUCUGACCUCAGGGCCGUACGGCCACUUUGACCCCCUCCGGAUUCUAUUUGUCUUUCUUUUGUUGACCUUUUGCACCAUACUUAGCUAACCGUGCCAGUUGGGAGGUGUGGGGGGGAUGGACAACAAACUAAACACAACAAAAAUGGUUUUCCAUAUUUUAUCGUAACCGUUAUUUUUCAUAAUAGAGAUUUUUGGGUUAGAUCACGUAUAUAUAAAAGUCGUUAAAUCCGCCGCCACCACCCGACACAGCCAAUUAAUUAAGGUUUACCA